GCUUGCGCAACCUUUCUCCGGAUGAGUUGGUCAAACAUUCCGUAGAUUUGGUGAAGAAGCUGGAGGACGCUGAUGCAAAUGUCCGCUGUGCAGCUUGUGAAGCUUUGGGCAAACUUUCUCCGCAUGAGUUGGUCAAACAUUCCGUAGAUUUGGUGAAGAAGCUGGAGGACGCUGAUGCAGAUGUCCGCCAAGUAGCCUGUCGAGCUUUGGGUAACUUUCCUCCAGUUGAGUUGGCCAAACACGCCUCAGAAUUGGUAAGGAACAUGGAAGCCCAUGAUGCAGUUGUCCGCUGUGCAGCUUGUAGAGCUUUGGGCAGCCUUUCUCCGGAUGAGUUGGUCAAACACUCCGUAGAUUUUGUGAAGAAGCUGGAGGACGCUGAUGCAAAUGUCCGCUGUGCAGCUUGUGAAGCUUUGGGCAACCUUUCUCCGGAUGAGUUGGUCAAACAUUCCGUAGAUUUGGUGAAGAAGCUGGAGGACGCUGAUGCAAAUGUCCGCUGUGCAGCUUGUAGAGCUUUGGGCAGCCUUUCUCCGGAUGAGUUGGUCAAACAUUCCGUAGAUUUGGUGAAGAAGCUAGAACACGCUGAUGCAAUUGUCCGCUGCGCAGCUUGUAGAGCUUUGGGCAGCUUUUGUCCGGAUGAGUUGGUCAAACAUUCCGUAGAUUUGGUGAAGAAGCUGGAGGACGCUGAUGCACAUAACAUGGAAGCCCAUGAUGCAGUUGUCCGUUGUGCAGCUUGUAGAGCUUUGGGC